GUUAAGUUACUCUACCAAAAGUUCCUGUAAGAAACCAAGUGGUGUUCACUUUGCCUUUUAUUGUGCAGCAAAAAUUUUGUUAUCGACCAAAUAGACGUGUGAUUGCUGCUUAUUGUGCGUACAUGGACAUAUGCUUCCAUCAUAUUCUAUAAAAACAACUCACCAUGCACCUUAGAAUAAACUCUUUUCCUAUCUACUAGCUAGGUUUUCCUCCUCCUCCUCCUCCUCCUCACUAACUACUAAUCUCUUUCACUCUAAACUCUUAAGGCCUAAAAAAAACAUGGCAAGCAGCAGUGACUCGGCCUACCACUGCGGCAAAUCGCUCCUCGACGAACUUGACACCGGCCUCCGAGCUAAGAGAAGGUGGCGGAUGGCCUUUUUGGCAUUACGUGUUGUCCACGUCAUGCUUGAGCUUCCCAAGAUAGUAUCCAGGACAAAAAAAUAUGGAGACGAUGAAACUGGUCGCUACAGUUUUGUGGUCGACUUUGAUGAUCAUGAAGAUGCUGGACUUGCAGAAAUUGUGAGGGAAAAGAACUCGGCUGCUACACAAAGCCACGAUUCGCCUUAUGGUUAUGAAAAAAUGCUCCUCGACAUCACCACCACCACCCUCACCAGAGCCAAGAUGAGAUGGCGCAUGGCCUACGCAGCAAUAUAUGCUGUUCGGGCAAUGCUUUCGCUUCCCAGAGAGCUUCUAAACAAGAGAAACAACUACAAAAAGGACCCCGAGAUCUUGCACUCUUAUUCUUACCCUGCACUGGACGUGAAACCAAGCACUGCCCACCAAGAUAUCAAUACUGAAACUGAUCGCCGUAGUUCCCUCCCCAACAUUGAAUUUGAUCAUGCAGGACUCGUACAAAUGGUGAAGGAUAAAGACUUGGCUGCUCUAAAUGAGUCUGGAGGAGUUAUCGGCGUGGCCACUUCUCUUGGGACAAACCCUAAAAAUGGAAUUCAUGGAAAUGAGUUAGAAGUCAACAGAAGGCGUGAAAUCUUUGGUUCAAACACCUACCACAGGCAGCCUCCAAAAGGGUUGCUCUACUUUGUCCUCGACGCUUUAAAAGACACAACAAUUCUGAUCCUAUGUGUCUGUGCGGCACUUUCUCUCGGAUUUGGAAUCAAAGAGCAUGGAGCGGAUGAAGGCUGGUACGAGGGAGGGAGCAUCUUUGUUGCUGUAUUCAUUGUCAUUGUUGUCUCAGCUCUCAGUAACUUCAGACAAGAAUUACAGUUCAACAAGUUGUCUAAAAUCAGUAGCAACAUCAAAGUUGAGGUAUUUAGAGACAGACAAAGACAAGAAAUCUCCAUCUUUGAUAUUGUAGUUGGAGAUGUUGUGGUUCUGAACAUGGGAGAUCAAAUACCUGCAGACGGAUUGUUCUUAGAUGGGUAUUCCUUACAAGUGGACGAGUCAAGCAUGACGGGAGAGAGUGACCAUGUUGAAGUUGAUUCCACCGAGAACCCCUUCCUGUUCUCCGGUACAAAGGUGGUAGAUGGCCAUGCUCGAAUGCUCGUCACAUCAGUUGGGAUGAACACCGCAUGGGGAGAAAUGAUGAGCUCAAUAUCGCAGGACUCAAAUGAAAGAACACCAUUACAAGCAAGGCUUGACAAACUAACCUCUUCUAUUGGAAAGGUGGGCCUUGCAGUUGCCUUACUAGUUCUUGUGGUCUUGUUGAUUCGUUACUUCACUGGUAACACAAAAGAUGAGUAUGGACAUACGGAGUAUAGUGGUAGCAACAAAGACAUAGAUAGUGUGUUGAGCGGAGUAGUUCGCAUUGUUUCCGCUGCAGUCACUAUUGUGGUUGUGGCAAUCCCGGAAGGUCUGCCCUUGGCCGUCACAUUAACACUUGCUUACUCAAUGAAAAGAAUGAUGAAAGAUCAGGCUAUGGUCAGAAAACUACAAGCUUGUGAGACGAUGGGAUCAGCAACCGUUAUUUGUACUGACAAAACAGGAACUUUGACAAAAAAUGAAAUGGAAGUGACUAAAUUUUGUCUUGGCCAAGAAGAAAUUGAAAAAGAUAAUUCAAUCACACCAAAUGUUUGUGAAUUAUUUCAUCAAGGAGUUGGCUUGAACACGACCGGAAGUGUUUACAUACCUCUUUUAGGAUCAAAACCUGAAAUUUCUGGUAGUCCAACAGAGAAAGCAAUUCUCUAUUGGGCCGUUUCGGAUUUGGGUAUGGACAUGGAAAAGUUGAAGCCUAGAUAUGACAUUCUUCAUGUUGAAACGUUCAACUCAGAUAAGAAACGAAGUGGGGUUCUUAUACAAAAGAAGGAUGACAACACCAUCCAUGUGCACUGGAAAGGAGCUGCUGAGAUGAUAGUUGCAAUGUGCUCGAGUUAUUAUGAAACCAACGGAACUAUAAAGUCCCUGAAUGAAGAAGGGAGGUCAAAAAUUGAGAAUAUAAUCCAAGCCAUGGCAGCUAAAAGCCUCCGGUGCAUUGCUUUUGCUCAUACUCAAAUUUUAGAAAAAGAAAUUGAAUAUAGCGACGAUAACAAGACCCACCCAAAGCUGAAAGAAGAUGGAUUAUUUUUGCUAGGGGUAGUUGGUCUCAAAGAUCCAUGCCGGGCAGGAGUCACCGAUGCUGUGAGAAUUUGCAUGUCUGCAGGCGUGCAAAUCAAAAUGAUUACUGGAGACAAUGUUUUCACAGCUAAAGCUAUAGCUACAGAAUGUGGAAUACUAAAGACUGAGGACGCAACAAAUGGUGAUCAAGUGAUAGAAGGAGCAGAAUUCCGAAACUACACACACGAAGAGAGAAUGAAAAAGGUCAAUCAAAUUCGCGUGAUGGCAAGAUCUUCCCCGUUCGACAAGCUAUUGAUGGUGCAGUGUUUGAGGCAGAAAGGACAUGUGGUUGCAGUCACAGGAGAUGGCACAAAUGAUGCUCCUGCACUGAAAGAAGCUGAUAUAGGACUUUCCAUGGGAAUCCAAGGUACUGAGGUGGCAAAAGAAAGCUCAGACAUCAUCAUCUUGGACGACAACUUCAAUUCUGUGGCCACAGUUUUGAGGUGGGGGCGAUGUGUUUAUAACAAUAUACAGAAGUUCAUCCAGUUUCAACUAACUGUUAACGUCGCAGCCCUAGUAAUUAACUUUAUCGCAGCAGUUUCAUCUGGUGAUGUUCCCCUAACAGCUGUUCAAUUGCUGUGGGUGAAUCUCAUCAUGGACACACUAGGCGCUCUCGCCCUUGCUACCGAGCGGCCGACAGAUGAGCUAAUGCAGAAGAAGCCUGUAGGUCGAAGUGCACCGCUCAUAACCAAUAUUAUGUGGAGAAACCUUCUAUGCCAAGCUCUAUAUCAAAUAGCCAUCCUCUUAACCUUGCAGUUCAGUGGCGAUUCCAUCUUCAAUGUCACUGAUGCGGUGAAUGAUACUAUGAUUUUCAACACGUUCGUACUCUGUCAAAUUUUCAACGAGUUCAACUCAAGGAGCAUGGAGAAGCAGAAUGUAUUCAAAGGUAUUCACAGGAACAAACUGUUUAUGGGCAUUGUGGGGACAACCAUCGUUCUUCAAUUUGUGAUGGUGGAGUUCCUGAAAAAGUUUGCAGAUACAGAGAGGUUGACUUUGUUGCAAUGGGUAACUUGUAUCGGAAUUGCAGCUGUAUCAUGGCCAAUUGGUUGGAUUGUGAAGUUGAUGCCAGUUCCAGAUGAACCAUUCUUCAAAACUAUCAAGAAGUUACUCAGAUUCAAAAGGAAUGUGUAAGCAUCUCGGGUUUAGACUGUAAGUUUUGGGUUUGGCUCGAGAAUUAAGGUCCAGGUUCCAGAGCUCGGGGACUAGGCCAAGAAGUCUGGUACCUGAGCUCAGAGCUUUAGGUGUGAACUAAGGGCUCAAGCCCAAACUAGAGCCCCAAGCUUUAGGUUUGGGACUCAGCACUCGGGGUUUAUGUCCUAGAUCCCUAGCUUGGAUUUUGGGUCCUGAGUGGCGGGUCCAGGUUUGAGUUUUUGAGGCUUGGAGUUAAUGCCCGGGGCUUGGAGUCCUAGGCCCGAGUGAAUUUGUAAAUUUGGAACGCUCAUUUCCAAAUUAUACAAGUGAACCAAAACAAUGGAAUGGUCAUUCCCGAAGCAUGCAUGUACCCUAAUGAUCCAAACAUUACCUAAGAUGUGGAUUAUUAUGGUGUAACAUAAUUAGUUCCAAGAUGAGAUUCCAUGUAUUGAACUUGUAAGUGUGAUUUUUGAAGGAGAUCUACAAGAAUGCAUAGGUCGAUGUUGAAGUAUAACCUUAAAGACUCUCGGUUCCAAGGGUUAGCUAUCAAGGCCAUCAUUAUAUCCUAAACUUGUAAAACAGCCAUCUUCCCUUGAUUUAAGGAAAUUGACUUAUUAGUGGCUUAACCUAGUGUUUGGUGUAAUUUCUUGAUUUAAGGAUUAGACUAGGCCUAUAUUUACCUAAUCACUAGGGUUCCCUUUGGUUUACCCGAUCACUAGCGUUUCCUUUGGUAGCUUGCAGCCAACUCUCAUUCUUCUCUCUUCUCUCUUAUAUAUUUGGUCUCUUGUACAUUGAUACUCAUGAAAUACAUUACAAUUUGAACCAGAAAAUCAACAUGGCAUCAAAGCAGGUUCUUUGGUAACCUAUCUCUGCUCACUCUUACUGCUGCGACUUUUAUUCAAAUCCUAAACCAUGGCUGAAGAAAGUUCAAUGAACCGUGAAGAUGAAACCCAGCAUAGUAUCUCCUCAAAUUUCUCAGAUAUUGAGGUUAACACCAAUCAACAUAUGUGUUCAAUUCUAUUGAACGAGUUCAAUUACCUUCCUUGGUCUCGAGCUGUUUUGCUAGCUCUUGGAGGCAAAGGAAAGUUAGGGUUUGUAAAUGGAAGCAUGGAAGCUCCAGAUAAUUAUUCUUCCACAUACGAUGCAUGGUUGUGCAAAGACCAACUUGUCAUGUCCUUACUGCUCAACAUCAUGGAGAAAUAUGUUGCUGAGAUUUUUAGCUACUCCAAUUCCUCACAUGAUAUCUGGAAAGCCUUAAAGGAUAUGUAUGGAAAUCAAAACAACUAUUCACGUGUUUUCCAACUGAAGAAGGACAUUGCUAGUGUUCAACAAGAAGGGAAAACAUUUGUUCAACAUCUUGGAAGCCUCAAAACCAUGUGGAAUGAGAUGGAUGUCUAUCUCCCACACACCACAGACCUUACCAUCCUCCUAAAACGAGCUAAGGAAGAUAGAAUUUACUAGCUGCUAGGGAGUUUGAGCUCUGAGUACGAGGAUUUAAGGAGUCACAUCUUGAUGAGUCAAGAACUGCCCACCAUCAACAAUGUAUGGGCCAUUAUUCAAUGAGAAGAAGUGAGGAAGAAGGUGAUGAAUGUUCAACACAGCUUGAGAUUGACUAAGACUCAUGCAUACGGUUCAAGUUACAAGAACUCAGAGGUCAAAGUGUACAAGGGUAGAAAUACACACCUAAAAUGCAAAUAUUGCAAUGGUGUUGGGCAUGUGGAAGAAAAUGUUGGGAACUUCAUCCUGAACUCAAGCCUAAGUUUAGCAAAGAUGGAAAAAUGAUACCAAGGUCCUCUCAGCAACCCCACUACAAGGCACAACUUGCUAAUGCUCAUCCUCCUACCACUCCACAAGGAUCUAUGGAGUUCACUGCAAAUCCAUUGUCACUUAUUAAUGAAUUUGUAGCUUUCCUACAAAGUAAGGGACACAGAUGAGCCUCACAUGGUCAAGGAAAUGAAGAGGGCAAUCACACAGCUAUGUUAGGACAGUUUGCCAGCUUCCUCACUGGAAAUGAGAUAGUACCACAGGAUGAAGCACUAGGUAUACCUAAAGCUUUCACUACUGCCUUAUUAACUAGUGUUGAAAAAUUUGUUGGAUAAUUUAUUCAGGCGCCAUUGAUCACAUGACAAACAAAGUCACAAACUUGCAUAACUUUAAACCUUUUUCAAGUCCUUCACAUGUGCCUGUUGCAAAUGGAAAUAAUGUCUUAGUUUUAGGUAAAGGAGAAAUCAACUUGCUCGCUCUCACAUAGAAAGCCUUCUACUGCCUUAUAUGUACUAACCUUUCCUUUUCAACUUUUGUCAAUUGGAAAGAUCAUAAACACCCUAAAUUGUCAUGCCAUUUUCUUACCAAAUAAUGUGAUGUUUUAGGAUGUUCUCACCAUGAAGAUGAUUGGUGAAGAGGUCUUUGUUUAUACCAUAUUUAAGGCCUCGUAUUUAGACCUCGUAUAAAUACCCGA